CAGCUGAAACUCAUUCAUGUAGUGCAAAGCUGAGCAGACUUUUGAUUUUUCUAAGUAGUAUACAACUAUAAAUAAAAAAGAGCAAAAAACACAAUAUGACUGACAUUACUGUGUCCAAUGAGGGACAUGUGAAGCAAAAUGAGCCGGUGGCCGUGGCAGAAGACCCAUAUCCGCAACCAUCUCCGGAAUUCUUACAGCGCAAAAUCUAUUUUCUCGUGGAUCAGCUUAGAAAAAUGCACGCCGAACUGCCAGAAAACCUGCAAACCCGAAUUUCCUACGAUCUUCUAACAGAACUGGCCAAUUGUGUGCUGAAUGACAGCAUUUUCGUUAUAGUCAAGGCACUAAUGGAACUUCAGCAUGAGACUGAGAGGCAUUUGAUAAAAAUGCGUAUGCAGGUAGAAAACGAAUAUGAAAUUGAAUUGGACGACUGGCAGGCCAAAAUUAAGGAUCCCGAGGAACUUCUGCACAUUCUGGGCCUAAUGAAACUUAAACAUUCAAAAAAACUAGUCGAGUCCGAUAAGAAGAUUAUUGAAAUUCUUGAUCAAAAGGUUAAUGACCAGCAAUCCACUUUGCAGAAGGCUGGUGUGCCUGGCUUCUAUGUGACAGAAAAUCCUAAGGAGAUCAAAAUACAAAUGUUCUUGCUGGAUUUUAUUUUACGUCUGAGUCGUAUUAAGUACGAGCCAAACAAGUAGCACAUUAACUAUUAAAAUUUAAUCCUGUGUUAAGUUAGAAUAUAUAAACAUAUAAAUGAUUAACCACGA